GAAGUGUGAAUGCGCAGGCGUGGGAGAGAAAACGUGUGCUUUUGAAAGACUCCGAGUCAGAGGAACUUCUGUCGAUCGUGAUAAUAUGAAAUUUAGUGAUCAUCUCCUCUGAAAAUGUUUUCUCUUUGCGCGAGGGUGUGGCUAUGUAACCAUGGCAACAUGCUAUGGAUACAGACAUUUCCAGUGUUGACCACAUCCCAACAAGCAAUCAGUCUGUCAACAUCCAGAGCACUUGGUGCGAAAGUGAAGAUGACAAGAAUGCUACAAAAGAUGAUGGAUAAAGGAAACAAAAGAAAAUGGCAAGGACUAACAGCGAACAUCAUGGCAAAUAAUCAAGACACAGAUGGGCAGAGGAAGAGCAAGAUCACUGAGGGGCAAAGACGUCGAGCCGUUCAGGUGGGAAAGGUGCUCCAUGAUUAUGUCACAAGCAUGAUGAAUUCCGGAGAGCUUCACCCAAAACUGGUUGAGUGUUCUGUGGAGGUGUCUAAGGUCGAGGUGGUGGCAGAUUUUAGUGCUCUCAAUGUAUUCUGGUUAGCCUCAGGAACAAAGACAGAUGUGGAAACACAGAACCUACUUGACAGCAAUUCUGGCAAACUCAGAACUAUGUUGAUCAGCUUUAGAGCAAUUGGUCGUGUCCCAAAGGUUAACUUUGUGAAGGACAUGUCAGAAGCUAGGUCUAAACAGGUGGAGGAAAUGCUUAAAAUAGCAGACAUGGGUCCAGAAGAGGACAGAAAUGAGGAGGACCAAGUGUUUACCAAUAGCAACGUAACUAUGCAUCAUGUGACAAGAUCCACCCAAUCAAGACUGAAGGCUGAUUUCCAUCGUCUGUCAGAGUUUUCAAAUACUCAAGGCAUAUGGCUGGAAUCUGGAGCUGCCCAUCUACAGAAUCCACCAUUAGGAGAAGUCAUAAUCUCUGAGGGUGGGGAUAAGGGCCAAAAUGUUGACUCCAUAUUGUCAGACAGUAAUAAAAAGUAUUCAGCAGAGAAUAAGCCAGCUGAACAUUUGGAUGAACCCACGAGGUACCAUCCAUCACCUGGAACUGCUCACUUCAGGAGCGAUAUUUAUGGCCUGAAACGAGAAGAAUUGGUGAGCAAAAUUAUUAUGUUGAAAAGGAAGGCAAAGGAUAGAAGUCUGAACAUUGUAAUAACUGAUGAGGGUAAGACUGCAGGAAUUCCUCCUAUUCCAACGCUUCUUGGUAGCAGUAAAGCCCACAAAGCUGGAAAAAGAGUGCUAAAACAGAAAGAUUUUUACACACUCGUGGACGCGGCAAAGGAUGAUGAAAGGUGGUUACAGGACAUAUGUGGGGAUGGUGAUUUCGAGAACUUUGAAGAAAUGCAGGAAGAUUCUUUCUCAGACAAAGACGACCACAAAUAGAUGUGCUUGUUACCUGUUAUGCCAUUUCCUGUGAUUGAGUACGAGUUGUAUUUUUAAGGUUUGUUUUUCAUAAAUGGUUUACAGUGUUAAUUAAUGAGAUUGAAAUUAAGUGCAGUUGUAUAUAAUUCAAAUGUUUUUGAAUCUGUUAUUAUUUAUAGAACUGCUCAUGGAAAUGGAUAAAUAAUAGCUAAGGCUUUGACUUAAGUCGAAUUGCAGUAAUGUAGCAAUUUAUUGGAAGCCGCCAUCCUAUAAGUCAAAUAUUUUUGAAUACUACAUAAAACGCCGAUGAAAUAAAUAAAUAGAAGCCAAUGGUUGAAAAUUACCCAGGAUGUUGUCAUGGCAUGACACUUAAUAAAAGUAAUGUCCACCUGAUGUCUCUCAGUUAACUUGAUAGGGUUACAGCACAAUGACCCAGGGGCCCCCCAUCCAUGCGGUUGCUGUGAGUUUAAGUCCAGCUUAUGCUCGCCUCAUCUCCGGUCCUACGUGGGAGGGUCUGUUGGAAACCUGAGGAUGGUCGUGGAUUUCUUAGGGGCUCUGCUUGGUCUCCUCCAACCAUGAUGCUGGCCGCAGUCCUAUAAGUAAAAUACUAAAUUUUUUGGCCUCCACGAUGGAUCUAGGCAUGAAGACAGUAUUUUGUAUCCAUGUUUUCUCGCCAAAUUAAAACAACCUCGAUCAUCACAAUGUUUCUGUGUUUUGUGCUAU